AUGUCCCUCCUUCAGCGCAGUGUGGUCCUUCGCGCGUACCACUACGUACAUCCCAAGACUGGAAGACCCAUCCGCCAAUUUCGCCGCUACGGUGACCCGCGUUUCAUCAACAACGAGGCGGCGCUUAUUAAAGGACAGUGGGGACUUAUCACGGCGGAUUUUGGCAUGGUGACGCAGUCGCAACUUGAGAAUGCGCGACUUGCGAUCCUUCGUCGUCUCCCGCGCGGUGCAUUUACGCUGACGAUGCACACCGAUUAUGAGGAGUUUCCUGUUGUGAAGAAGAGUCCUGAAAGUCGCAUGGGGGCAGGGAAGGCAAACAUCCACCACUUUGCAUUCAAGUUUACGACAGGGAUCCCUUUGUUUGAAAUUAUGCCUGUCUCCUCGCGUCGUCUCAAUCAGGCGGAGGCGGAGGGCAUUUUUUUGGCCGGUAGACCUUUCAUUCCGCUUCAGACAGUCGUAGUGCCACAGGGCCGUGUCGACGAGUACCAUGUCUUCAAGUAG